AUGUGUUUCAGUCAAAAGCAUUUUUUCGUAUUAUUGCUGACUGCAGUUUUAACAGUUAUAGCUGCUGUGGAUCGGAAUCCGAAAAAGCGUCAAAUAUAUCGUGAACAAGUCUUGCCGCAUGCGGGUGGCAAAAUUCCCGACACAGCUUUCGAAACCGAUCGGCUCUUUUUGAAUCGCCUGCAAUCUAACGGUAUCUCUGUACCAGAUGGAGUAGUGACUGAACAGCGAAAUCCGCAAGUCUAUCAAUACCACGACAAAAGUCCCAGGGUGCUCUUUCAAAUAGCGCUUAGCUCGGAUGGUCGUUACACGCCCGUCGAAGGCAAAUAUCAUCACCAGAAUGCCCCAUCGAUUGAGACCACCUACCUCUAUCCACAAAUACACGGACUUAACCGAUGCAACCCCGCGAAGAGCGCCUAUCCGACAUACCGACAACUGCAGUUACACAAUUCACAACUCAAUCAAGUGAAGUUGCAGCCAAAGAAGAAGACACAAUAUCUCGAUAUAACACCGAGUCUGCACAAAGGCCAUGGCAAUGCAUAUCGGACCCAAACAUACCAGAAUUUCAACAUUAUCAACGCGCCAAUAGUGCCCGCAAGCGGAGCAGCGGCAGCGGCGACGGUGUCGUCAGGGAGCGCCAACAAAUUUGACUACUUAGUACCGAAUGUGGAUAGCUCGGCACAUUUAUUGAAAAACAGAGUUGUAAUUAAAAAAAUGAAUGGGCAACGUGUGACAUUGUGCUGCAGCUUAUUGCUCGCAUGCGCUUACCUUGCGGCAUCGAUAGCGGUGGAAGUGCAGACCUUUGGCCAUCUCUACCAUCCACCAACCGAAGAGCGUCGCCGAGAAGAAAAGCAAGAUCUCUCAAAAAUACCCGGUGUACCGGGUGUCGACUAUCCGAUUUAUCACAAAGUGCCGCACACGAAUUUCCAUUGUGCCAACGUGCCAGCCGUGCCGGGAAUGUAUGCAAAUGUUGAGACCGGCUGUCAGGCCUAUCAUGUUUGUCACGACGGACGCGAAGGCCAUCAAGGCGCAGAAUUUCUCUGCACUAACGGGACUAUUUUCAAUCAAAAGGAGUUCGCAUGCGAUUGGUGGUACAAUGUUAAAUGCGAAGAGGCGGUCAAUUACUAUCACUUGAAUUCGGAUCCUGAACACAAUCCUUACUUCCAAAAGAAAAAGGAACCGGAAGUGGAACAAAAUGAACACGAAGGCUUCUAUAUUCACGCAUAA